CUUAGGAACGCAGCCGUGGUAAGACGGGGUCGUCCUAAACCCGGUUGUACUGAUGUGCUAAAGUCUCUGCAACUAGCUUCGCUUAAGGAGCCGGAAAAGGGGAAUCCUCCUCCAGACUGCGUUUCUAAGUGGGAGGGGAAAAAAAGGUUAUCUGUGGCAAUGAUAGAUCCUUUAGAGAACAACUUGUUUGAUCUUCCUGAUUAUGAGAAUACAGAAGAUGAAACCUUCCCGCCUCUUCCACCUCCUGCCUCUCCAGGAAGAGACGAUGUUGAGUGGGCUCAAGCUAAUGGAGAUGGAAACCAGCAGUCAGAAACAAAGGAUUCUGCUGUAGCUACACGGAAAGCAGUUAAAAGACCAAUGCCUAAACUAGAUGCCCAGAGGUUAAUUUCAGAAAGAGGACUUCCAGCCCUAAGACACAUGUUUGACAAUGUAAAGUUCAAGGGUAAAGGGCACGAGGCGGAGGACCUGAAGACGCUCAUACGACAUAUGGAACACUGGGCUCAUAGACUAUUUCCAAAAUUGCAGUUUGAGGAUUUUAUUGACAAAGUAGAGUCUUUGGGAAACAAAAAGGAAGUUCAGACCUGCCUAAAGCGGAUUAGACUUGAUCUUCCUAUUUUACAUGAAGACUUUGCAAGUAAUGAAGAUGGUGGAGGGGAAAGCAAUGGACUGGAUGCAGCCGCUGAGGAUGUACGUUCCUGCUCUGGAAAUGCAGAAGAACUCAGUUCUCUGCCUGCUACAACUCUCACGGAAGAGCAACAGCAGCGAAUCAAGAAGAACAGGCAGCUGGCCUUGGAACGUAGGCAGGCGAAGAUGCAGUGUAACAGCCAGUCGCAACACAACGAGCUCUCCACUAGUUACUCGGAAGAGGAGUUUAAUACCCCAGCUGCUCAGGAUCCCGCUGACCUUAUCGAAGACGCUCAAGUUACCGCAGCCAAGGUUGCUGUUACAGAAGCUGAAGCCGGGGAUACGGAAUGGGCAUGUGCUGGGGAUACGGAAUGGGAAUGUGCCAGUGAAAAGCAGUAACCGUUCCCCAUACUUCGAAUGACUUUCUUUGAAUGACAUACUUCGAAAGACCCCCAUGUUUUAAGUACUAACAGUAUAUUGAAAUGUUGCUGGCUCUUUGCGCUCUGACUCCAGAAGCGUCAUGGAAGUCUUCCCCAUGACAUCGGUAUAGUUGGACAGAACUCUCUUGAAACUGCAGAUGAGCAACUCUGUACACCAGAAAACAGAACAAAGCUCUUCGUCUGUAUUUGAGACAUCUUUUCCACCUCCCCCAACAUUCUUCAGGAAAUGUUAAUGAGUUGUUUGACCUACUUUGAAUUUCGUUUACAAUUGAAUUCAGACUGAAUUAACUGGGCUAUUGACAGGUGAAGUUUCUAUUAAAGUUGUGUUGUGUGUUUUUUAAUAGAGGGUAUAUACAAUAGCGGGUAGCGCUAUGGCUGAACAGGUGUCCUGGAUUUUUUUUUAACUUGCUUAUCAAGUACCUGUAUCUUUUUCUUAUAAAAUGGAAGCUAUUAAAUUUCAGAAGUCAAACCUGAAA